CAUUUAUUCCACUGGGAUACUGCAGGGAAGUAGAGCGGGCACAGAGCGUGCAGCCCCAUCAUCCUCAUCAUCACCCUCAUCAUCUCCAGCAGCCGCCAUGGCUGGGAUUAUUGUGCUCUGCUUCUUGUCUUCUCUGCUCUUUGGCCUCAGUUGUGCAGUUACGGGAUCUCGGAUCUAUCCAGCCAGUGAAGUUACCCUCUUGGAUUCCAGGUCUGUACAGGGAGAACUUGGCUGGAUAGCCAGUCCUUUAGAAGGAGGGUGGGAAGAAGUUAGUAUUAUGGAUGAGAAGAACACCCCUAUAAGAACCUAUCAAGUCUGUAAUGUUAUGGAAUCAAGCCAGAACAACUGGUUAAGGACUGACUGGAUCCCACGGAGUGGGGCACAAAGAGUGUAUGUUGAAAUUAAGUUCACUUUAAGGGACUGUAACAGCUUGCCUGGAGUGAUGGGCACAUGCAAAGAGACCUUCAAUUUGUACUAUUAUGAAUCCAAUAACGAUAAGGAGCCUUAUAUCCGUGAAACGCAAUAUGUUAAAAUUGACACGAUAGCAGCUGACGAGAGCUUCACUCAGGUGGACAUUGGUGACAGAAUUAUGAAACUCAACACGGAGGUCAGAGAUGUAGGCCCGUUGAGCAUGGAGGGCUUCUACUUGGCUUUCCAGGAUGUCGGAGCAUGCAUUGCUCUUGUCUCAGUUCGUGUUUUCUACAAGAAAUGUCCAUUGACUGUGCGCAACCUGGCCCAGUUCCCUGAUACCAUUACAGGGUCUGAUACCUCUUCUUUGGUGGAAGUUCGAGGCUCCUGUGUCAAUAACUCAGAAGAGAAAGAAGUGCCUAAGAUGUAUUGUGGAGCUGAUGGAGAGUGGCUGGUCCCCAUUGGAAACUGCCUAUGUAAUGCUGGGUAUGAAGAGCGCAAUGGAGGGUGUCAAGCUUGCAAAGUUGGCUACUAUAAGGCCCUCUUAUCGGAUAAAGCUUGUUUCAAGUGUCCUCCGCAUAGCUUUGCACUCCGAGAAGGCUCUACCUCCUGCACCUGUGAUCGGGGCUAUUUUCGGGCUGACAGUGACCCUGCCUCCAUGCCGUGCACCCGACCACCAUCAGCACCUCAAAACCUGAUUUCCAAUGUCAACGAGACCUCUGUAAAUUUAGAGUGGACUGUUCCCCAGAAUACAGGUGGAAGGCAUGACGUCUCCUUCAAUGUAGUCUGUAAGAGGUGCGGAGCUGACCUUACUCGCUGUCGGCCCUGUGGUAGUGGAGUUCACUACAGCCCCCAGCAAAAUGGCUUGAAAACAACCAAAGUCUCUAUCACUGAUCUUCAGGCUCAUACUAACUACACCUUUGAAAUUUGGGCUGUGAAUGGAGUGUCGAAACAGAACCCUAGCUUGGACCAGGCUGUCUCAGUUACCGUUACGACCAACCAAGCUGCUCCCUCCACUGUGACCCAGAUUCAGCCUAAGGAGAUCACCAGACAUAGCGUGUCACUAAUCUGGCCAGAACCGGACCGCGCCAAUGGUGUCAUCUUAGAGUAUGAAGUCAAGUACUAUGAGAAGGACCAAAAUGAUCGCAGUUAUCGCAUCGUAAAGACUGGAUCACGUAGUGCAGAUAUUAAAGGCCUUAACCCACUCACUGCAUAUGUGUUCCAUGUCCGGGCCCGGACUGCAGCAGGUUAUGGCGAGUUCAGUGGACCAUUCGAAUUCACCACAAAUACAGUUCCAUCUCCAAUGAUCGGUGAAGGAACCAGUCCUACUGUGCUGUUGGUGUCUGUGGCCGGUAGCAUUGUCCUCGUGGUCAUUCUAAUCGCUGCCUUUGUCAUCAGCAGAAGGCGGAGCAAGUACAGUAAAGCUAAACAAGAGGCUGAUGAGGAGAAGCAUUUAAAUCAAGGAGUAAAGACUUAUGUUGACCCAUUUACUUAUGAGGACCCUAACCAGGCAGUGCGGGAAUUUGCAAAAGAGAUUGAUGCCUCUUGUAUCAAGAUUGAGAAAGUAAUUGGUGUCGGAGAGUUUGGUGAAGUAUGCAGUGGUCGUCUUAAGGUUCCUGGUAAAAGGGAAAUUUAUGUGGCCAUCAAGACUUUAAAAGCUGGAUACACGGAUAAGCAAAGGCGAGACUUUCUCAGUGAGGCCAGUAUAAUGGGCCAGUUUGAUCACCCCAACAUCAUUCAUCUUGAAGGUGUUGUCACCAAAUGUAAACCAGUCAUGAUCAUCACAGAAUACAUGGAGAAUGGCUCCUUGGAUGCUUUCCUUAGGAAGAAUGAUGGCAGGUUCACUGUGAUCCAGCUGGUGGGAAUGCUCCGUGGUAUCGGAUCUGGCAUGAAGUAUCUCUCAGAUAUGAGCUAUGUUCACAGGGACUUGGCUGCUCGCAACAUCCUCGUCAACAGCAACCUAGUCUGUAAAGUCUCCGACUUUGGUAUGUCCCGUGUUCUGGAGGAUGAUCCGGAGGCAGCCUAUACAACCAGGGGAGGCAAGAUCCCCAUCCGAUGGACAGCACCUGAAGCCAUUGCAUAUAGGAAAUUUACAUCUUCUAGUGAUGUGUGGAGUUACGGAAUUGUCAUGUGGGAGGUGAUGUCCUAUGGAGAGAGACCUUAUUGGGAUAUGUCCAACCAAGAUGUCAUCAAAGCCAUAGAAGAAGGAUAUCGUCUCCCUCCUCCCAUGGACUGCCCCAUUGCCCUUCAUCAACUCAUGCUGGACUGCUGGCAGAAGGAGCGAAGUGACCGACCCAAGUUUGGACAGAUUGUUAGCAUGCUUGACAAACUCAUCCGAAACCCAAAUAGCUUAAAAAGGACCGGACUGGAAGGCUCAAGAACAAACACAGCUCUUCUGGACCCCAGCUCGCCUGAAUGGUCCCAAGUGGUCUCUGUGGUGGACUGGCUUCAGGCUAUUAAAAUGGAGAGAUAUAAGGAUAACUUUACAGCGGCGGGGUACAACAACCUGGAAUCAGUUGUCCAUGUAAACCAAGAUGACCUAACUCGGAUCGGCAUCACUUCUCCCGCGCACCAGAAUAAGAUAUUGAGCAGUGUCCAAGGAAUGAGGACCCAGAUGCAACAAAUGCAAGGCAGGAUGGUCCCUGUCUGAAUUAAGAGUGCAUCAGGGCAAAGAUUCUCUCUCAGAACUCUUGAAAAAAAUUAGUUUACCUCAUCCAUGCACUUUAAUUGAAGAACUGCACUUUUUUUUAUUAGCCUCACCCCAUUGGACAGAGACUUUAAUUUUCAAAGGGGUGAGGUGAAACCCAUUGAAAACACAAAACUCAAUUUAGUCAUUUGUGCCACACUUACAGUAGACCAUACAUCAGGAAGCUACAGACAACCAUUGAAAGUGGACUGGGCACAUUCAUGUUGCUUGAUGCAUACAUCAUACAAGACUUAUUUCCAUGGAUUGUUUUUUUUUUUGCGUGUCACAUGGACAUCUUUUUUGGAAUGGGUGCAAGCAUUUUUGUUUUGUUUUCGUCUGUAUGGACAAACGGAAUUACUACGUGAUCUUUUGCUGGAGAUGCGGACCCUUGUUGCGGUCUACUGGAAGCUUCAUCUUGUGUGUCAUUGGCAACCUUAAGGAUCCUGUGGUUAUUUGGUCACCUGCUAAUUCGAAGGAUAUAUCAGGAUUGUCCUACAACACCUUGUUAAGGCUGGAAGUGUGUGUCUGCUACCUAAUGACAGCAAUGUAGAGACGCAUAUAAAGAGAACUAUACUUGGCUUCCUUCAAAUAUCUACAGCAAGCACAAGGUCUGAAGACACUAUUCCACUGAAGACAGAAUGUUGCUACAAGCUAUAGCGAGGGGUCCGUGGAUUUCCAAUUUUAUUGGCACAGCUGCUUUUUCUCCAGCAAGAAAUUUAUUUUUUAUGUUUUCCAAACCGUCCGACAGGUCUUCCUGUGCACUCCAUGCCCAGCUAUGGUCUGCCUCUUAUCAGGCAGGCGAUGGAAGUCAGCCGAUGUUUACUAAGGAUGCCAUGUUUUCAUGCCAGGAUAUUGUACUUGCCUUAGUAAAUGGUAUCACUGAGGCCACUCAGCAUUAUCCAUUUUCUUUUCUUCAGUAAAAGGGAAUAUAGGCACUUCAGAUGACAUUUUCUUAUACUGCAAAGCAAAAGACGACGGAUCAUUUUGUGAAAUAAAGCAAUGUGGACAAACGGCAGGUCACCAGGGAGUUAAAUAUAAGCCAAACCAACCAUAAGGGACCCAGCUUGGUGUGGGCCAUGAGACAAUUUUGCAUUAUGGGUAAUCCUGGGAUGGCGUACUCUGGUCAAGGCCUGCUCCUCAUCUGUAACAGCCUCUGUAAUGUAAUAUGACUUUACUUUCUACAUAAAAAAUAUGCAAUUUAUCUGUUUCAGCAUCUUACUGGUACCAGUUACAACCAGACAGAGCUGCCAAUGAAGUUUAUAUAUAUAUAAAUAUAUAUAAUAGGCCAAGAUCAAUUUUAUAUAUAUAUAAACUUACGUUUUUAAACUUAACCCUUUGUCUUUGUCUAACCUCUUUCACCUCUGUGCUGUGCAGACUGACCACAAUGGAAAACUAGGAAUAUCAGGCAGUCCGGGGGCCUGCAGAAUAACUUUAGUGAGUUUUAUCACCAGAUCCUAUUGCAUUCCCUACAGAGGUUCCCUUCCUCCAUGUGUGAGCCCCUAAAACCAAUGAUGUUGAGAACGUUAUUUGCAAUGUUGCUUAUAGAGAAAGAACUGACAGCCAUAAGGGAGUUUGAAGAUUGAGAGCACCAAACAGAACAUGAAGUUACAUCCGGCUUCUUCCAUUCUGUAACAUCGACCUAGAACAGUUCUUGCUAUUUUUGGCAAGACAACAUUGUGGUCAAGUCUAUAGCAGUGAGGUAUACUGUGUGCUUGUAGAACUCCCUUUGGAGUAUUAUAAGAGGGCAUUAGAAGUAAAAAAAAUAUUUCAAUAGAAAUACAAUAAAUGUUAUAGACCCUCGCAUCUCCUAGGAUGGUUCAGAGUGCUUUGUGGCAUUGCUGCAAUUGAGGAGUGAUAUGUAUAAGAAUCAGUAUUUUGUGUUACUGCCAAAAACUGUGUCAUUUUGAACCUAGCAAUAUCCAGUUUCUAUUGGGAUUUCACAAUUGAGCCCUAUGAAGCUUCAGGCCCAGUAAUAACUGAGAAUAUUAUGGAACGAUCCAGUUUAUUAACAGCAGUAUUUUUCACUUGUACUUAACCCACCAAACGUUAACCAGAAAAAAAAGAGCAAAAUGGAAAUUUUUCACUGCAAAUGAGGAAUAUUAAUUUAGCUUCUACUAAAAAAUUAAAAAAAGAAAUAAAAAAAAUCUUCUAACAGAGCAUAUUUUUUCUUGGUUCACACAUCGUUUAGACUUGUUAUGUUUUCCAAUUUUGUUUCAUUUGUAAUAUUUUUUUUGCCUUUGUUUUGGCAAAGGGGAGAGUAACUGGUUCCUCUUCCCUGGAACUUAGGUACGCAUAACUUAUCUUCUUUAUUUAUGGUCUUUUUAUACCUAGUUUGUAAAAUUGUAAAAUAGCAAAGUUAAUGCAAAUGUUUGCAUUCUGGACAAAAUAAAACAAAAAAUAAAGUAGUUACUGAA